AUGAACAAAAGUGGUUUUCUUAUUUUCUGCCUUAUCCUUCUGACUCUGAGUCAAGGCAUACCUCUCUCUAGGAAUACACGCUGUACCUGCAUCGAGAUCAGUAAUGGAUCUGUUAAUCCAAGGUCCUUAGAAAAACUUGAACUGAUUCCUGCAAGUCAAUCCUGUCCACGUGUCGAGAUUAUUGCCACAAUGAAAAGGAAUGGGGAGAAAAGAUGUCUGAAUCCAGAAUCUAAGACCAUCAAGAAUUUACUGAAAGCAAUUAACAAGCAAAGGACUAAAAGAUCUCCUCGAACACAGAAAGAGGCAUAA